GCUUCUUAGUCUUGAAAAAAAAAAAAAAAAAAGGUGGCCCCCGGAUGUCGUCGCCCAGCCUUGACUCACAGCACGGGGUCCCUCACCUGCGGAAAAGCACCGGAAGACGGCGAGAGGCGUCGCGGUUCACGUCUCCAACAUCACCACGGCAGCGAUGCGCUUCCACCUAAAACACGUGCUGCGCCUGGGUCGCGAGGGGACCCUCGGGUGGGAGCUGCGCGGCGCUCCGGCGGUGAGCGCCGCGGUAUCCCGCGGGCCCGCGGACGUCCGGAGGCGUUUCGCCCCGGGCGCCGGCAGGGGCCAUGCGUCCGACGCGGCGUACGGCCGAGCCUUCGCCGCGGCGAGGGACCACCCGGACAAAUUCUGGGGGGAGACGGCACGGGACAUAGACUGGUUUGAGCCGUGGAGUAAAACGCUGCAGGCCGACGACCCGGUGUUCCCGGGCUGGUUCGUUGGGGGGAAGUUGAACAUGUGCUACAACGCUGUGGACCGUCAUGUGGAGGGCGGCCGCGGAGGGCAGCCCGCCGUCAUCUACGACAGCCCGGUGACCGGAACUAAACAGAUCGUCACUUUCAGGGAACUUCGGGACCAGGUGUCCAGGUUAGCGGGAGUCCUAGUGAAGAAUGGGGUACGCAAGGGAGAUCUGGUGGUCAUCUACAUGCCCAUGGUGCCCCAGGCCAUGUUCACCAUGCUGGCCUGUGCGCGGAUUGGUGCCCCACACAGCCUCAUCUUUGGCGGCUUUGCCUCCAAGGAGCUCUCUGUCCGCAUCGAUCAUGCCAAGCCCAAGCUGAUUGUGACGGCUUCGUUCGGGAUCGAGCCGGGCAGAAGAGUGGAGUACAUCCCUCUGGUGGAGAAAGCCUUGGAGCUGAGCUCUCACAGGCCCUCUAAGGUUCUCGUCUACAACAGGCCCGACGCGGAGAAAGUAUCAGUGAGUCCGGAGAUCAGUCUGGACUGGGAGGAAGAGAUGGCCACCGCUCAGCCGCAUGACUGCGUUUCCGUCCCCUCCAACCAUCCCCUCUAUGUCCUCUAUACCUCCGGAACCACUGGAGCACCAAAGGGCGUUGUGCGCGACACUGCGGGCUAUGCUGUGAUGCUGAAAUGGACCAUGUCAAAUAUUUAUGGACUCCGUCCUGGAGAUGUUUGGUGGGCGGCGUCCGACCUGGGCUGGGUGGUCGGCCAUUCAUAUAUCUGCUAUGGUCCUCUGCUCCAUGGCAACAGCACAAUUCUCUACGAGGGUAAGCCUGUAGGGACUCCGGACCCCGGGGCGUUCUUUCGCGUGCUCUCUGAACACGGAGCCGCCUCCAUGUUCACAGCGCCCACUGCCAUCCGGGCCAUUCGCCAGCAGGACCCGCAAGCUGAAGUCGGCAAGCGAUACCCCCUGUCCAGUUUGCGGACGUUAUUCUUGGCAGGAGAGCGAUGUGAUGUGGAGACGCUGGAAUGGGCAAAGAGGAGCUUUGGGGUUCCUGUCCUGGACCACUGGUGGCAGACUGAAACCGGCUCAGCCAUCACCUCCAUACAUGUCGGCCUGGGGAACUCACUCACACCACCUGCAGGCCAGGCCGGCAAACCGGUUCCAGGUUACAAUGUCACGGUGAUCGAUGAUGACAUGCGGGAGGUGAAGCCAAGAACCCUGGGAAAUAUAGUUGUGAGACUACCUUUGCCGCCCGGUGCAGCGCUGUCGCUCUGGCACAGCCGGGACCUGUUCAAGGAGCUCUAUUUCUCCAAGUUCCCAGGCUACUACGACACCAUGGAUGCAGGUUUUGUGGAUGAGGAGGGUUUCCUCUACAUUAUGUCGCGGUCGGAUGACGUCAUCAACGUGGCGGGCCACAGGCUGUCUGCCGGCGCUUUGGAGGAGUCAGUGCUGCAGCACCCUGCAGUGGGAGACUGUGCUGUUGUGGGUCUAGAGGACACUCUGAAGGGCCACGUUCCCUUGGCGCUGUGUGUGCUCAAGAAUGGUGUGCAGAGAAGUGAAGAGGAGAUCGCAGACGAGAUGGUGAAGCUUGUGAGAGACACCAUCGGCCCCGUUGCUGCCUUCAGGAAAGUGCUUUUCGUCCAAGCACUGCCGAAGACGCGCUCUGGCAAGAUCCCGCGUUCCUCUUUAGCCAGCCUGGUCAACGGCAAGCCCUACAAGAUCACUCCAACCAUUGAGGAUCCAGAAGUUUUCGAAGACAUCAAGAGGCAGGUGGACAAAGGUCUGAGACCUCGCGGGGCCUGAGCUCCUCAUCGGUGGGACGACGACGACAAGAGAAAAACGGAGGUUGGAUAAAUGUGGGCGUAGCCUGCUCGCGCCGUAGCACAGGGUGCCGCGAAUGUAAACUUACAGUAGAAGUAGAGCUGGUGAUUAGUGAUUCUUUUCUAAAUCAAACUGAAGGCAGACACUUACACGAGUACGUUUUACCCUCUCAACUUACCCAAGCUGUGCCGGAUUCCGCGAAGCAGGAUUAAUGGUUUACAUUUCUAAUUGUGAAAUUCAGUCUAUUUGUAUGCAAUCUGAAUAAUAAUGUGAAAACAUACUGCACUAUAGGUUUUGCUGAUUCAUAAUUAAUGAACAGAAGCAAGGUACAGCUGCUGUUUAUGGCUCAAGGGCAUCAAACAUUUUGAAUUAUGAAUGGGAAAAUAAUGAGGACUAAUCAUUCACUGACAGUUUUUUUUUAAUUGACAAUGAAAACUUGUUUGCUCACCACUUAGUUUUGACCAAAGUACAAGAAGUAAUAAAUAAAAAAAAAAAAUGGACACAAAAUAAAAUGAUUCGUCGUUCGUGCAAAUUGAAGAUGUAAAAACAAAUUAAAAGCGUAAGACUUGUUUCGAGUCGUCCAUCAGAAAUAACUAAAAGACAGAUAAACAGGGCUGUACAAUAGGUUGCCCUGGAAACUCUGACAGAAACAAAGAGUUAACAGUUACACCAAUGUAAGUCACAGCAAGAAACAGGUUUUUGUUAUUAAAAGUCACCUCACUUCAACAAGGUCAUAUACACUCUACGCACACUAUGAGCUAAAGCAGCUGUCUUUCAGUUAUUUCCUCUGUUCUGUCAACGCAGCGUCUGAAGGAUGGGGGAG